UGGCAUUUUGGAUUCAUAAUUUUAUAAUGUGGAAGAGAAAUGGGACCAGAUGUUGGCUUUUAAAUAUGUUAUUCUGCACUGUUGUUUAUUUAUUCAAUAUGAUAAAUGACGGUUGGGCAUUAAGCCAAUAAUUGAAGCUCUUGACUCGAUGAAUGAGAAAAUGAGCAAACCUUUUAGAAGACAUAAUUUUCUCUCUGCUCAAUCCUAUAAUUGUGACAUUUGUGAAUGUAGGGUUUAGAAAAGGAAACAGUUCUGUAGAUAUUGCAAUGGUGAAUUAUGUCUUUGUGUUACAUACAUAAAGUAUGGCCAUUAUUACAUUUCAGGUUCACCUAUGAAAUCGCUCCAGUAUUUGUGCUUUUGGAAUAUGUCAUGCUAAAGAAAAUGAGAGAAAUCAUUGGCUGGCCAGGUGACUCUGGCGAUGGGAUAUUUUCUCCUGGUGGUGCCAUAUCUAACAUGUAUGCCAUGCUGAUUGCACGCUUUAAGAUGUUCCCAGAAGUCAAGGAGAAAGGAAUGGCUGCGGUUCCCAGGCUCAUUGCCUUCACAUCUGAGCAUAGUCUUUUUUCACUCAAGAAGGGAGCUGCAGCCUUGGGGACUGGAACAGACAGUGUGAUCCUGAUUAAAUGUGACGAGAGGGGGAAAAUGAUCCUAUCUGAUCUUGAAAGAAGGAUUCUUGAAGUCAAACAAAGAGGAUUUGUUCCUUUCCUUGUGAGUGCCACGGCUGGGACCACCGUGUACAGCGCAUUUGAUCCCCUCUUAGCUGUUGCUGACCUGUGCAAAAAGUACAAGAUCUGGAUGCAUGUGGAUGCCGCUUGGGGUGGGGGAUUACUGAUGUCCCGGAAACACAAGUGGAAACUGAGCGGCGUGGAGAGGGCCAACUCUGUGACAUGGAAUCCGCACAAGAUGAUGGGCGUUCCUUUGCAGUGCUCCGCUCUCCUGGUUAGAGAAGAGGGACUGAUGCAGAGUUGCAGUCAGAUGCAUGCCUCCUACCUCUUUCAGCAAGAUAAACACUACGACCUGUCCUACGACACUGGAGACAAGGCCUUACAGUGCGGACGCCAUGUGGAUGUUUUUAAGUUAUGGCUAAUGUGGAAGGCAAAGGGCACAACUGGCUUUGAAGCACAUAUUGAUAAGUGUUUGGAGCUGGCAGAGUAUUUAUACAAUAUUAUAAAAAACCGAGAAGGAUAUGAAAUGGUGUUUGACGGAAAGCCUCAGCACACGAACGUGUGCUUCUGGUAUGUCCCUCCGAGUUUGCGUGUCCUGGAAGACAAUGAAGAGAGAAUGAGCCGCCUCUCAAAAGCACGAGAUGUGCACACCAAUGACGUGGUGGCUAUCAAGAGAAUACCUUAUAGUGGAAAGAAGGCUAUGGAGAGAUGGCAGGGUAUUACUAAGGAAGUCAGGUUGCUACGAACAUUAAAACAUCCCAACAUUGUAGAAUACAAAGGCUGCUAUUUACGUGAGCACAGACCAUGGCUUGUAAUGGAAUAUUGUUCGGGAUCUGUUUCAGAUUUGCUGAAAUUUCACAAAAUGCCAUUACAAGAAAUGGAAAUAGCAGCAAUUAUACAUGGUGCUCUUCAGGGAUUAGCCUACUUACAUUCUCGUGCCAUGAUCCAUAGAGACAUCAAAGCAGGAAAUAUCCUUCUGACACCAGGAGGCCAGGUGAAACUUGCUGACUUUGGAUUUGCUUCCACGGGCUCUUCUGCCAAGUCUUUUGUGGGAACGCCGCAUUGGAUGGCCCCAGAAAUAAUUUUAGGCAGGAAUGAAGAACAAUAUGAUAGCAAAGUAGAUGUAUGGUCUCUUGGAAUAACAUGUAUUGAAAUAGCGGAAAGGGAGCCUCCUUUAUUUGAUAUGAAUGCAAGGCAUGCCUUAUAUCACAUUACCAGAAAUAACCCCCCUACACUACAGUCUAAUGAAUGGUCCAGUUCUUUUCGCAACUUUGUAGAGUGUUGCCUCCAGAAAAACCCCAAAGAUCGCCUUGCAUCAAAGAAACUUUUAAAGCACCCGUUUCUUCUUUGGGAGCGCCCUACAACAGUGUUAACAGAUCUCCUUCAAAGGGCAAAGGAUGAAAAAAAAAGAGUGCUGGACAAUCUGCGCACUCAAAAGACGAAGAAGGUCCUUUCCCAGGAGGCACAUAAAGGGCCAGCAGUAGAAGCACAGGAAGAAAAGGACCAAGAUCAUGGUGUUGGACAGACAGGAGCAGUGCAUAAUAUUGGCGGUCAUCAGUCUAUUCCCCGUAUGUCCAACAGGACCAGGAGUCAAAGCAGUAGGGUUAACAUUCUUCCAGAUGCCUCAGAUAAGAAUGAGCUACACGUGAUGGAGGGAAUCGAAACAAUAUGUCUAAUAAUUCUGCCCUCCGUUCAAAACCUGUUACAAGGGAAAUGCCAGAACAUGAGCAGGAAACUCAGCUCGGAGAACAAAUGUCUGGCUGUAAGAGAAUGACACAGCAACAUCAGAAACAGCUCAUGAA